GCGCUACACUGGAUGUUGGCUACUCAACAUAUAUACAUCAGCCAAGGUGCCGAGGCGGCUGUUGCUGUGUACAGGAAACACAUUAGAAGCAUGAAGGGGCAGCUCACCCGCCUCGCCUCAAGAACCACCGUAGUCUUCAAGCUCCUCGACGACCUGAGGAGAGCCAACAAACCUAACGCAGAGAUAGCUGUUAACUCUCGUAGUAACUACGGGUUGUACAACAAGGUGGUGGUGGAGGAGCUGGCAGGGACGGGAGUGAUCAUCUGGGACAGUACCCUACCUCUCUCCCGUGUCUACACUGUCUACUGUGAGACCUACCCAAGGAACACCCCACCAAUGAACCACUGGAAGUGCGGAGACGCUGGCCAUGUUGGGUACAUUCUCGUCGAUCAGUAUGCUGACAUGAUUAUCAAUGACUAUUGUAAUAAAUACUUUAAUCUAGGUAAAAACUACUGUAUUUAACUUAUGUGACAUUAGUGACCGAGUGUGCUAGAGCACCGUUAAUGUUACGUCCACUUAAAGUGUGGUGUAAAUAGUAUGGUUUCUAAUCCUCACAUUGCCUGUGAUAAAAGUGUUUAUUCAUAUUUUUCUCGUCCCUGUGAAGUCUAUGCAUGUGAAUGUGUGUAAAUUAUGUAACUAGAAUGAACGUGGACUUGAACAGUGGUUUAUGCAUAUAUCAUAGAAGUUGCAGUAGGAUCAUUUUACAGCCAUCACUUUUGUGACAUGAUUGUCCAGUCUUCACCAACUAAGAUUCUACUGUCUCAUCCCAUUUCCAUGGUAGCUUUCUUGGUGCAUUAUUGUUAUACCCUCAUAGCCAUAUCCUCUAUAAACCCAGGGUCAGUCGUUAUGGCUGUCUAUGAAUAAAGAGAAGAACAGACGAGACUUGAAUUGUGAUCAGUUGACCUGCAGCCAGUGGCCUGUUGCCUGGUGGCAAAACUAUCGCUUCACACGCUAAGUGUCCGGCUACGAUUUCCGGCAAAGGUGGAAACAUUGGCCGUGUUUCCAUACACCGGAUGUCCAUGUUCGCCCAUCAGUAAAAAUAAGUACCUGAGUGUUAGUGGACUGGUGUGGGUCGCAUCCUGGGACACAGCUGAUCUAAUUUUCCCGAAAUACUCUGCAUAACAAACGGCUUUCUAUAUAGUAGUAAGUCAUUGAUGUCAGCUAGGCCUUUAUACAUUGUACAUGUACUUGAAGAAAAAAAUAUAUUAUUAUAUUAGCCAGGGAUGUAUGUAGCAGGCCAUGGUGUACCAUUCAACCAUGGACAAAAAUGAAUGACAGAGAGGUGAUUGAAUGAAACUGAAUGGUCCUAAAGCAAAAGAUCAGCAUCUUGAGGAAGCCCAAGAGCUAGAACUAGGAAAAGACAUACGUAUUAUUAUUACUGGGAGGUACCACCUCUAGAACUGUGCUGGGGACCCUCAUCCU